UUCAUAAAUUUGCAUUAUAAAAACACAUCCACAUUGCUCCUCCCUCUUCAAGACAAUCUUCUCUUUCUCCACUCUCAUUCUCUUUCUCACUCUGACGCAUCAACUACUUAUUUUUCCUGCAUUGCUUUCUCUCUAUCUCUAUCUCUCACACACGCAUACACACAAAGACAUUUAACAUAUAUCAAGAAAGAAGAUGUCGAGCAGAAGAUCAUCAUGUUCAAGACAGUCCGGGAGCUCAAGAAUCUCUGACGAUCAAAUUUCCGAUCUAGUUACCAAGCUUCAACACCUCAUCCCUGAACUCCGCCGCCGCCGUUCUGACAAGGUGUCAGCAUCUAAGGUACUACAAGAGACUUGCAACUACAUCAGGAACUUACACAGAGAGGUUGAUGAUCUCAGUGACCGAUUGUCCGAAUUUUUGGCUUCCACGGACGACAACAGCGCCGAAGCAGCCAUCAUUAGGAGCUUGCUUGAUUAUUAAAAUGAUCGUUAGUUAAUCUGAGAACUACGAAUGUUCGUUUUCCAUCAGGGAGGUUUAUCUUCUUAUCAUUAUGAGUCUUUGUUUCCUUCUACUUCAAAUAUUAUGAUAUAGCUAGGGUUUCGGGUCAUUGUUAGGCCAACUCAUAUAUUAUGUAUAAUAUGUGGUUUAUGAAUUUAUGUAUGUAUGAGUAUGUAUGCAUCUUAAUUGUUUGUGAGGGUCCAGACCAGGAUGUAUAGUAGCCUGUGUAUCGUGAGAUCCUCUAAUAUUUAUGAUUAAUGGGAUAGUCCGUUUCCUC